AUGGCAAUGGGGAUUUUUGAGGCUGUUUUAGACCACCGUGAUCAUCUUCGCGGCAUUGCAAUAAACAAAGGCAUUCUCGUGACUGAAGCAGAGCAAGGUGCAGUUCAGGUGUUCCGUCCGGACGGCUCCCUGGUGCGGACAGUCCGGCAUCCACGGGCUGGGGGGAUGACACGCCCCGGGGACGUCACUGUGGACGGGGAAGGGAACAUUCUUGUGUCGGACUGGUACAAUAACUAUGUAUACGUGUAUGACGAGUUCGGGAAGUUCCUGUUCCAGUUUGGAGGGAAGGGAAGUGGUGAAGGUCAGCUGAAGUAUCCCCUCGGCAUCUGUACAGACAGCUCGGGCCACAUCCUCGUAGCGGACUCUGGUAACAAGAGGGUUCAGAUCUUCACACGUCAAGGCGAGUUUGUCCGUACCGUCAGUACUGGGUCAGAGCCAGCAUGCUUGGCUAUGGGGCCGGAAGGGCAGCUGGUUGUGUCCAAUGGCUUAAGCCACACUGUAACUGUAUUUUCCGGAGAUGACUCGACUGACGAAGCUAAGAAAGAUGCAAGGGAAAGGUAUGACAGUCGGAGCGAUAGAAGACAGGAUGUUUUCGGUAUAAACGCACCCGAGCAAGAGAGACAGGCAGCGGGGAUAGAAGGAGCGCCAUCUGGCUCUAUUGGGGACAAGGAACAGGGUUUGGUCACUUUUGGUGGGGAAGAAACACAGCCUGGAGAGUACUGGUACCCUCGCGGUGUUGUGGUGUCGCCUAGCAACGAGAUAUUCGUGACUGACCACAACAACAGGCGAGUCCAAGUCCACAGCACAGAGGGGGUUUACCUGCGCCACUUCCCAACAGUUGUACCGGGUACAGGGGGUAAUACGAUACAGCCACGUGAUGUCUGUAUGGACGGUAACGGCACGCUGUGGGUAGUGGGAGAAGGUGGAUCAGCUGACCAUGUUGUACAGUACAGCACGGACGGGACCGCCAUGGCGCGGUUUGACUUGAAGAAGAGCCAUCAUUUCCGUGGCAUCGCAGUGAACGUGCGCACUAGCCACGUCCUGAUAACUGAUGCAGACCAAGGUGAGGUUCUUGUGUUCCGUCCGGACGGCUCCCUGGUGCGGACAGUCCGGUAUUCACUGGCUGGUGAGAUAAAACGCCCAAGGUACAUUACUGUGGAUGGGGAAGGGAACAUUCUUGUGUCGGACUACAACAGUAACUCUGUGUACGUGUAUGACGAGUCCGGCAAAUUUCCGUUCCAGUUCGGAGGUUUGGGAAGUGGUGAAGGUCAGCUGAAUGGUCCUCGAGGCAUCUGUACAAACAGAUUGGGGCAUAUUAUCGUGGCGGACUCUAGGAAUAAGAGGGUUCAGAUCUUCACACGUCAUGGCGAGUAUGUCCGUACCGACAGUACAGGGUUUGAGCCGGAGUACCUGGCUGUGGGACCGGAAGGGCAGCUGGUUGUGACGAGUCGGGUGGACAGAACUGUGACUGUAUUUCCUAAUUACUGAUCGGAAAGCAUCUCUCACAAACAGGCAGGACCAAUCAGCCAACCAGUUCUGCUGUCUCUCUCUCUCUCUCUCUCUCUCUCUCUCUCUCUAUAUAUAUAUAUAUAUAUAUAUAUAUAUAUGUAUAUAUAUAUAUAUAUAUGGUGACUGAGGAAGGAAUGGAUAGGGGCGAGGGACCUACUUCCAAUGACCUUUGACCCAUCAUUCAGGCCACACUCUCGGAAGGUCACGUGUUCUCAGCAAUCGGGCGUCAGUCAUUCUAACGGAGACCAGAUGAUUCGGUGAUUCCCGGAAGCUCAAUAUGUUAUCCAUAUCUAUAAUGAUUCAUCUAAGUACAUAAUUCAUGUUCAUAGUUUUCGGAACUUCAAAAAGUACCUCUCGCGCCAAAUGGUGCAUUAGCAAAUCCCAUCCUCGGCCGUUUCUUUCUGUUGCCAUGAUGGUACAUAGAGCUUUGUGCAAUUAUUUUAGCAAAGCUCAAGUCUACUGUCUAUGUGUUCUACUAUCAUACUCAUUCUUAAGUACAAACGUGUUUGAUUGGUAAAAGUUUGCAGCAGGCGAAAACACUGAUUAAUCAACUGAUUAUUGCUUUGUAAAUAGUUAAAAGGUCGACUCUACACGCCCAUGGAGUCCUCUAACUCCGAAAGGGAAGGUGAGGAGAAUGAUAGCGUCCACAGACUGUGGUGACGUCAUGGCUUUGCCGAUGAUAACGAGUAUCCAACAGUAGUAUUCGGAUAAUGGGACACGAUGUGCGACAUGUUUCACCUGUAACAUCACCAUUGUACAGUUACGUAUCAGUUAAACAAUUAGAUAAUAAAUACAGGCCUUGAUACAAUGUCUAAUGAUUGCACAUUAACAAAUCUGUGGUAUCAGCGGUUGAAUCCCUUGUGAAUUGAA